GUUUCAUCCUGCUGCAGGCAGACGAAGACGAUGAUUCAUAUUAUUCAAGAUCAAUAUUAUAAUAUAUGAGCCAAGUGCAAGUGCAUAAGUACGCAUACUGCACUUGAGGACUGAUUCUACAAGAACUUUUUUAGAAAUAGAUCUUCGGGAAGAUGCUACUGUUCUUACGUGCAUCAAAUGACUCAGACUCAAAUAGUACUAGAAAAAUGAACAGAUGAAACUGGUGUAACGUGAUUUGUUGUACUAGUCAGGUAAAAAAAGGAGAGCCAUGGCAUGCUUAUGAAAAUUUGUUAAGCUGCUAUGACUAUGAGACUGUCACUCGCAAGAGAGUGUCUAAAACCGGAUGUGAAACUGAAAUAGUAUUUCCAGCGUAACCAUAAUUUUUGUCGUCUUCUCCAGAGGCAAUGAGCUGCUGUGUUCCGAUCCGUUCGAGUUCUAAAGCCGCCUCUCGGUUUCUGCUGGUGCGCAACAGGCAGACGUCGCGGGUCUGUGGACAUGACGCGGCGUCAACGAUGCGUCUUUACUCGACUGGCCCUGGAAAGGGCGGGGGGCCGAUAAAACCAACUUCAAAGGAGUCGGCGCCUUCGUCUAUUCCUGCAAGUAGUGGUAGUGGAGCGGUGGCAAGAGCUGACGGUAAUAAAGAUACAGGUGGAGGAGCUGCGUCUUCCUCGUCAGGCGAAGAUGCGCCGAAAACUAGCGGGGGGGCCGAAGGAAGCGCCAGCUCACCCUUGACUGCGCUUUCAUAUGUUGCGAAUAUAGCCUUUGUCGCGGGUUUGGGCUACAUAGGGAAGCAAGCGUACGAUAGCCAGCAAGAGGCGUCGAAGCUCACAAAAAUGCAUGAAGACGCCCAAGCGAGGGCAAAAAAGUAAGUACUUGACUUGUCUUGUAUCCUGACGGCACUUCUCUUCAGUAUUAUAAUAUAAGAUUAGAGAACAGUACGACACCGACUUGUUGAUGUUCUUCCUCUUAGUACGAGCAAGACCAAUGAUCAUCAGCAUCACCGCUAGUACAACAUUUCUCUCCAUGUUGCACGACGACCAGGUCCUUCGACGAGCAGCAAAAGUUGGAGAAAGCAUUAGCGGCAAGUGAGGACGGCAUAAACAGCGUAAGGCACAAACUUGCAAAAGAAGCGCAGCUGCGGCAGGGCGCGGAACGAGCGCUCUCGCAGACGCAGGAAGAGCUUGCAAACGCACAAGGGACAUUGGCUCGCUUGCUUCCCCCAGAUGAAGCGCACAUGACAGCAGAGCAGAAGGCGGCGGUCCGACAGCGCCGCGCACAGAUAAAGGAUGCGCAGGAAAUACUAGAAGGUGCGGUCCAGAGUGUUCUAGCAGGUCCAACGGAAAAGGUGCGCGUGCAAUUAGAGCAGGCACGGAAGAAGUACGUGGAGCUCGCAGGCACGCCUGAGGACGGGCAACAGUUUCCGAUCUUGGUCGACCCGAGACAUUUAGAAACUACUCUGCGGAGAGUCGACGCAGUACUUGCGGACAGCGAGAAGCAAGUAGCGGCGGUAGGAAAAUUAGACGCAGCGAUUACCAAACGCGACAAAGAUGCGAUGCGAGCGGCAUUGGGUGAGUGCCGCGUUUUGGAAGUGAACCCGGGAGCAGCUAAAUUUUUUGCGGAGUUGUUGUUAGAACCGGAGAAGCUACUGAAACAGCUCGCAGAGGACAAAAAGAUCGAGCUUGGCGCACUCCAAGACUUUAACAUCGCAGAUUUUGUGGAAGCGGAAAGGGCUCUAGUAGCAGGAGGUCCUGAUGUAGACGGCAGUGAGAGGACGCCACUUUCGCGAGAAGCACUCGAAAAACGCUUGCUGUCACGAACGCAACAGCUGGCCGAGAACCGACGAUACUUUGCUGCACGCCUCGCAGACGAGUUGCAAAAUUUUAGCGAGAAAAUCGAAGCGCAUGCAGUGGAAAAGGUACAACAAGCAAAGACGAGGUUCCAAGCGGACGCAGCCAAGGAAUUCGAAGGAAUCAAAAAAGGCGUGGAAAUGGAGGAGAGAGAACGGUAAGAGUGACGAUUUACAUGACCAUAUGGAUGGCACCUUCAGAAGAUGGUCGUCUAGUACUAACUCUUUUACUUACUAACACUUUCUUGGGUCGGCGAAAGAGUAAGAUUUGGUAUAAAAGUAAAAGUUCGGAAUCUAGAAUAGCAAAUGCAAGAAAAUUACGGUGCCCUCUUUUUUUCCGAACAUUCCAAGGUACGAGAAGAUGGUAUCUCAAGCCAUAGGAGCGGUCACUGAGAAAUUGGAUGAAGAAACGAAGCAAAAAUUGGCAACACAAAAGGGACAAAGCGUAGGGGAGCUGCUUCAAGUGUACUACGCACACCUUUUUUGCGUAAGUCCUGCGCUACAUUGCGCUCCGAGGCUUUCCACCGAAAGAUAAUGCUGAGAUGAGUUGGAAUUUCAUUAUGAUCUGUUUAUGGUUAUGUCCCUGGGUAGAGCCCUAGAGGGUGAUCAGCGGAUAUUCUAAUGAAUUACAAUUAUCUUCUCAAACUAGACGAAGUGCGCAUUCUGCAGCUUUAUCAGAGCUUGCCGGGGACAUCGAUGCCCUGGCGACAGUGGUAAAUGAGGAUUCCGAGGAGAUCGAUCGAUUGAAAUCCCAGCGAAAACUCCACAGGCUUCUCAAUGCCGCGAGUACUUCUAAGUUUCAAGACGAUUGACAUUGUCGUUGUAGUUUUUGAAACACUUUGUACCUACAAGUACAGCGCUACUUCUUUAACUUUAUGCUAGCCCUUAAUAAGAUUAAGAACUUCUAGGCACUUGAUGAUGAAGACAAUAAUAUGCUCACACACAAUUGAUAUGGUCAUUAGAUAUCAUUUUUCUCCCUUUCGUUCAACAGCGAUGAUGUUCGAUGAGAAGCGCGCGCCUUUGUCAGAGGCGCUGUUACCACUGCAGACACAGACUGUUGAUCCCGUUACGAACCAAAUGGCGCGUGCGCCGGGUGCAAAAGGUGGAGGAACACUGUUGCGAUCUGGCCUUGACGUGACUCGCGCUUUCGACAACACUUUGCGGAGCUGGGUUGUUGCCUGCUUCGUGGAAUCGCCGACGAAUUUUUGGAGCCAUCUUUACGCCAACGUCGUCGGGCGCUUUUACCAUGUUAGUAGAGGCAUAAUUUCGAACGGCGCUGGGGAUGAAGACAGAGUGGACAAGGCCCUAGCGUGCCUCAAUGCGGUACUAAUUUACAGACCCUUUUGUGGUAUAACUUCGACGCUUCCAUGACCUCCUCCAUAAUCUUCAAUAGAUAAGAAAGUAACCUUGACACCGUACUGGUACUAUCUAGGUGGUGAGAAAAUCAAAAUUCGUUUUACCCAUAGCGCUUCCCGUGAUGCCUUUUCACAUUUUUGUGUUUUCCUUCAGGCUGCACACUACGUUGACCAAGGCGAUUUGCGGAACGCUAUCUGGGUUAUCGAUGCCAUGCCAACAGGCUUUGCGCGAGACAGAGUUGAGCCCUGGGUUGUUGAAGCGCGCGCCGCGCUUGUUGGCGAAAAUCUAUUCAAAGCGCUGAAAGCAAGACUUCAAUGUCUGAAUGCUAUACACCAGACAGGAUGAAACUGGACAAGAUGCUACUUCUUCCCCUCGUCAGCCUCCGUGGUGGCUCUCGGGUCGGCACUGAUUCUGACAUAUUCGACAUUUUCCUCGGUCUCGUUGAGCCUCGUGAUAUUUGACUCAAUCGCGCUGUCUUACCUAGUACUCGAAACUUCGCAUCCUUGAGAACAUUUUCGAACUUCUUUUCGUCAACGGCAUUUUUUCAACCAUUGAUUCAAAACGGACUUUGCUCAUAUUCUUCAUGUUGUCUCGUACUCGUACGCGUCUAUGUUGUCUCACGCAAAAAGACCUUCAAUCAAUAGUGAGCUAAUUGGCCAAAUGGUGCAGCCAAGGACGACUGAUUCGCUGUCUACUCGUCAUUCUCGGUGAGAUGCUCAACACGAGC